AACUUUUGAGGUCGGGUUGGGGAAAUUAGGACUUCGGGUUCCUCGGGGCCGCUUUCAGUGGGCGGACAAGCAUUUCAAGGCAGGGGGACCCUGAUGGGUCUUGCGGGUUCCUCUGGAAAUCCUUUGGGGCUUGGGAACGGACGGGGAGCAGCCUUGUCUUGUUGAAGAAGGGGACGUUGAGAGACACACGCAGCCAUUUCUUCCUAUAUUACCCAGUGAUUUUGGGAAAUAACGGUCUCUGCUUUUUGUACUUUAUCUGGAGGUUUUGCAAUAAGGGCACAUAUUGGGUCGUGACAAAAAAUAAGGUUUCCGCUCGCAAAUUUAUCUUGUCCCACCUGCAAGCCAAGGACCUCCCUCAGUUGCUCCAUCUGGGUGCUGAGAUGCCACAGAUUACCACUUUGGUCUGACAUCUGUCGAAACAAGGCGUUUCAGGCUACAGCAUGUAGCACAGAUUAGUGUCUUUUGAGACAGUGAUGGCUUUUCCUCUUGAAUCUGAACAUGGAGGCCACAGGGACAGAUGAAGUAGAGAAAAUAAAAUCAAAGUUUAUGUCUGCAUGGCAUAAUAUGAAAUACAGCUGGGUGUUGAAAACAAAAACAUACUUUAGCAGAAAUUCUCCUGUCUUUUUGCUGGGAAAAUGCUACCAUUUCAAGACUGAGGAGUCAAGUGACACAUCACCAAAUGGGUCAAAUUAUGAUAUAACUGACGAAGGGUUUUCAAGAAACGUGGAAGAGUUCCGUAAAGAUUUUAUUUCCAGAAUAUGGCUGACAUACAGAGAAGAAUUUCCUCAAAUCAAGGGCUCAGCUUUAACAACAGACUGUGGCUGGGGCUGUACUCUGAGGACUGGCCAGAUGCUUCUAGCACAAGGACUUAUUCUUCACUUUCUUGGUAGAGACUGGACGUGGCCAGAUGCAUUUGUCAUUGAAAAUUCAGACUCUGAAUCAUGGACAAGUCACACAGUAAAAAAGCUCACUGCAUCCCUCGAAGCAUCACGUACAGGAGAGAAAGAAUUCAGGAACCAGUCAAGCCACCACAAUCAAGCCCCAAGGGGGAACUGGGGGAACGGAGAAAGGAGGGAUGAACACUUUCAUCGAAAAAUAAUAUCAUGGUUUGGCGAUUCUCCACUUGCAAAUUUUGGCUUGCAUCGCCUAAUAGAAUAUGGAAACAAGUCUGGGAAAAUAGCUGGAGAUUGGUAUGGGCCAGCUGUUGUAGCACACCUUUUGAGAAAAGCUGUUGAAGAGUCAAGAGACCCUGAGUUACAAGGAAUAACUGUCUAUGUUGCUCAAGACUGUACAGUUUACAAGUCCGAUGUUACCGAUAUGCAGUGCUCUUUCGCGGAUUCUGAAAAAUCGGAUGCCAAAUCUGUCAUCAUAUUAAUUCCCGUGAGGCUUGGAGGAGAAAGAACCAACAUGGAAUACCUAGAGUUUGUGAAGGGGAUCUUGAGUCUUGAAUACUGCAUUGGUAUUAUUGGUGGCAAACCUAAGCAGUCAUAUUACUUUGCUGGAUUUCAAGAUGACAGUUUGAUUUACAUGGAUCCUCAUUACUGCCAGUCUUUUGUAGAUGUCAGCGUAAAGGAUUUCCCCCUCGAGUCAUUCCACUGCCCUUCUCCAAAGAAGAUGUCUUUUAAAAAAAUGGAUCCUAGCUGCACUAUAGGGUUAUAUUGUCCAAAUGUGCAAGCCUUCGAAAGGGCUUCUGAAGAAAUAACUAAGAUCCUGAAAUCCUCAUCUAAGGAGAACUACCCUUUGUUUACCUUUGUAAAUGGGCAUUCUAGAGACUAUGAUUUUCUGAUGAGUCCAGUCCUGGAAGACAGAACCCUUUUCUCUGAGGAUGAAAACAAAAAGUUGAAAUGUUUUAGUACUGAGGACUUUGUCUUGCUGUGAGGACAUUUUAUUGUAUUUAUUCAUUUGAAAUAUUUAUGCCCCAUCUUUCCACCUGUCAGGAUCAAUAAUGUGGCUUAACAUUUAAUAUUCAAAACAACAGAUAAAACCAUUAGACAGCUUAACCGAAAGCAUCAAUUCACAGAAAGAUAGAAAUAAAGCAAUCCAGGUCUGCUACUGAUGAUCAAUUCCACCAUUUUCUAAAUCCCAAAAAGUUGGGGAGGUGGGCGAAGAACAAAAAAAAACCCUCUUGGAAGAGAAUCCCACACUCUAAGCACCACAACAAAGAAGACCCUGCUUUGCAUAGUUACUCUCAACAUUUCUCAGGGCAGGGGAGUCAGAGCAGAGUUUCUAGCUGUGGCUCAAGUGAAGCCAUUGCUUCCAGGUGCUGAAGAUUCACACAUGGGCUAAUACAUACUGUAAUUUACCUGUCUGAUUUGCCUGAGGGAGAAGCAGAAAGGUGAAGCAAGUCCUGCCCCCCCAAAUCCCAUCUCAUGUAUGAAGUGGCAUCAAGUUGGGAUAUAUUAACUAUCGUUUGGACAGCCCUUCUCAUAGCGAACCCACAGUGGUGCAAGUGGUGGCCCUACCUGAAGCAGAUGUAUGCUCCUAGGUGUACAUCUAGGUGUGGUUUAUCAGUUUGCAUUAUACUUGAUGGGAAGCAGUAGUCUUGAUGCAUGUGAAGUAUCGGGGUACCUUCUUGCCCUGAAAGCAACACCAACAUCUGUAAAGGUGUUGUUGGCCUGGCCUCAGCAGCUGACUUAUUCUCUAGAGUUUUGGAUUUGUCCACCAAGCUUGCCAUAACAUAGUUUUACCUGCUGUGGCAGUUCCAGAGAACAGUAAGACAACAAUUUCCCUUUGAAAAUACAUGUGUUGUGUUCUUGAGGUUUCAGAUUUUGCCAACGUCUUGUUUUUUUAAAACACCCUUUCUUAGAUAGUUGAUGAAUAAUGAAAUGAUGUUAAAGGAAUAAAUCAUUGUUUCAGUUCAAAUAUAGUAGAAUAUUGAAGAAUAUGUGCCAGAGUUACUUUCUUUUUAUAGUUUUGCAGUGUAAUCUAAACAUUCCCUAUUCAAAUCAAUUUUUUGACCUUGACGCCACAUUAAGGCUUGGUUUUUGUUUCAUAUUUUUGGGGAUCCCCGAUUCAGAGUAUCUGUGGUGAACUUCAUUCAACCCACUAAAAGGCAGCCGGACAUGUGAGAUAACUUAUAUGGCGAGUUUGCAGUAUGGAUUCAAAUCCGUUGAGAACAAGUUUUUAGGAUGUUUUCUUAAUUUAAGAUUAAUGUGGAUAAAGAGCCAGCAAAUAAAAAUAUUAGUGUUACUCUGUCUGAACUCCCAUAGUGUUUAAUGACAUAAUCAUGAAGUGCCACUUCCAGUGUGCAUCUUGCUCAAAUGUGCAUCUACUUGGGGGG